UGUACCUAAGGGUUGGAGCUAGCGUCACUGGCGCAUCAAGGAUAAAUCCCUGGAAGUGUGAUGGAUCCUCUGAGGGCGCAGCAGCUGGCAGCUGAGCUGGAAGUAGAGAUGAUGGCUGAUAUGUACAACAGAAUGACCAAUGCCUGCCAUCGCAAAUGCGUGCCUCCACACUGCAAGGAGGCUGAGCUGUCAAAGGGGGAGUCGGUGUGCUUGGAUCGUUGUGUCGCUAAGUAUUUGGAUAUCCAUGAAUGCAUGGGCAAGAAAUUGACAGAGCUCUCAAUGCAGGAUGAAGAACUGAUGAAGAGGAUGCAGCAAGGGGCUGGGACAGCAUAACACACUUCCACUUGAUAAAGAGUAGCAUGUUGACUGCCACCUCCUCUCCCAACU